AUGAACACAACUGUACUGAUCAGUGCAUGCGCGAGCGUCCUUUCAGUCGCAAGCGUCAACGGCAUCGCGCAGACUUGCGCACCAGCAGAACUCAAUAAAAUCCUCGCCAACGACGGCAGCGCCGGAGAUGGAUUCGGAACAAGUGUCGCCGUGUCAGGUGAUGUCGCAAUCGUCGGCGCCCCGACAGACGAAGGAGGACUGCUCGGACUCCCAGGCUACGGCUCCGCAUACAUCUAUCGCUUCGAUGGAAGCCAGUGGAUGCAAGAACAAAAACUCCAACUCUCCGAAGACUCCGGAGUAGGUCAGUUCGGAUUCUCCGUCGCGAUCGACGGCGACAUCGCCGUCAUCGGUUCACCACUCGACAACACAACCGUCACCGGUAGCGGCGCGAUCUAUGUCUACCGUUUCAACGGAUCGACUUGGGAUUUCGAUACCCAGCUCUUCGCAUCCGAUGCAGCCGUCAAUCAAGAGUUCGGAUUCGCCGUGGACAUCACAGGCGAAACCAUCGCCGUCGGCGCUCCACGCGAUGGUGAUGGAGGGAUCGCAUCAGGAAGUGUCUACCUGUACUCAUACGACGACAUCCUCAUGACAUGGAUCGAAGAAGAGAUCUCAGCGUCCGACGCGGAUACCUUCGACAGAUUCGGUCAAUCCGUUGCCAUCGAUGACACAGACCUCGUAGUGGGGGCCUACCACGCCGAGAACGGCGCCGCCGCAGAAGCCGGCGCGAUCUACAUCUUCGAGUUCAUAACCACCUCAUGGAACGAGAUCAUCAAACUCCAGCCAUCAGAUGGAGCCGCAAACGAUCAGUUCGGGAUCUCGGUUGAUGUUGACAACGGCGUCGUCAUCGCCGGCGCCAACAACGACGACGAAGGCGCAUUCCUUGGAGGAUCCGCAUACAUCUUCCGCAGCACCAUGUCAGGAUGGGACGAAGCAAAGAUCUCCGCCUCAGAUGCCGCUCUGCUAGAUCAGUUCGGUGAAUCUGUAUCAAUCUCAGGAGAUACAGCGCUCAUCGGCGCUGAGUUCGUCAGUGAUGUCUUGUCUGGCGCCGGAGCCGCAUACCUCUUCAGCUACGACGGAUCAACAUGGAACGAAGAGGACAAACUCACCGCAUCCGAUGCCGACGUCAAUGACCACUUCGGUUCCGCAGUCGCGGUCUCGGGAGACAACGCGAUCAUCGGUGCCGUGUUUGAAGGAGAGAACGGCAAUCUCGCCGGAGCCGCGUACGGCUUUGAUCUUGAUUGCGCAUCCGAUACAUGCCCGCCAGACCUCACCGGAGAGGGGGACCUCAACUUCCUCGAUGUCUCCGCGUUCCUCACCGCAUUCGGGAACCAAGACCCAGUCGCCGACUUUGUACCAGACGGGAACUACAACUUCCUCGAUGUCAGCGAGUUCCUGGCGCAAUUCUCAGCUGGCGGCGCCGGAUUCAUCGGAGGACACCUCACCGACGCGCUCAUCAAUCUCGGCGCGCGUGUCACCGUCAUCGACGACCUCUCAAACUCAAACGCCGGACACAUCGCCUCACUCGUCGAAUCCAAUCCAGAACAAAUCCGCUUCAUCCAAGGCUCCAUCCUCGAUCCAAUCUCGCUCGGAGCCGCCGUCGAAGGUGCGCAGUACAUCUUCCACCUCGCCGCACUUGGAUCAGUCCCCAAAUCCGUCGAAGACCCCGCACGAACCUGGGUCGUCAACGCGACCGGAACCAUGCGCGUCCUCAGCGCCGCGCAGAAAGCCGGCGCCUCCCGCGUGAUCUAUUCCGCGUCCUCCUCUGCCUACGGCGACAACCCCGCGCUCCCAAAGCUUGAGACCCAAGCGCCUGAACCAGAAUCCCCCUACGCCGCCGCCAAGCUCGCCGGAGAAUCGCUCUGUCGAUCAUGGGCAAACUGCUACGGCAUCGACACCGCAUGCCUCCGCUACUUCAAUAUCUUCGGCCCAAGACAAGCCGCAGACUCCGCAUACGCCGCCGUCAUCCCCGCGUUCCUCAAGUGCUACCUCAACAAUCAACCACCGACCAUCUUCGGAGACGGCGAUCAAACACGAGACUUCACCCAUGUCUCCAACGCCGUCUACGCAAACCUCCUCGCCGCCGCGUUCGAUCAACCCAUCAAUGGCGAAGUCUUCAACAUCGGAGCCGGACAACAAACCUCUGUCAAUCAACUCGCGACCAAGCUUAGUGAACUGGUCAAUGCCCAGAACAUCGACCCCGUUCAUCAGCCAGAGCGAGUGGGGGAGGUCCGCGAUUCAUUCGCUGACACCUCCAAAGCCGAGUCACAACUCGGAUACAAACCUAUCACCACGCUUGAGGAAGGUCUUGCUUCAACCACCCUUUGGUACAAAGACCAGCACGAGCACACCAAAGAUCACGCGUCAUGA